UGACUUCCUAGUAGCAGAGUGGGUCACUGAAAACCUUCGAGCAGGAAUGGAAGGAACCAUGGAUUAUGACGAUUACGUCUUCACUGACUUUAACAUUACUGACUAUAAUUUCACUUUUCCUGACGUUACGGCCCCCCCUGAGAUUCAACCGAUCCAGAUAGUGGCUCUGGUCUUCUACGGCCUUGUGGUCCUGCUGGGUGUCCCUGGAAACGCUCUGGUGGUGUGGGUGACCGGGUUCUGCAUGCCCCGCUCUGUCACUUCCCUCUGGUUCCUCAACCUCGCCCUGGCAGACCUUCUGUGCUGCCUCUCCAUCCCUCUGCUCAUGGAUCCCCUAGCGCACGACGACCACUGGCGCUUUGGGUCGCUGGCUUGCACCCUGGUCAAAAGCCUGUUUUACCUGGUGAUGUACUGCAGUAUUCUGCAGCUGGUUCUGAUCAGUGUGGAUCGCUGGAUGCUGGUCAGCAGACCCGUCUGGUGUCAGAACAACAGGCGACCUAAGAGGGCUGCUUUUGUGUGCGUUGCCAUCUGGUGCCUGGCCCUGAUAGGCAGCAUCCCUCAGUUCGUCUACACCAAGGAGAUCACAGCAGGUGAUCACAAGCGAGAGUGCGUGACAGUGUUCUCUCUGCGCAGCGCCUGGGUCGUCACCUCCUACCGCUUCCUGGUGGGGUUCUUCCUCCCGUUCCUGGUGAUCGUCGUCUGUCACUUGGUGGUGUACCGGAGAGCAGAGAGCGGACUCUCCCGCGGUCGGCCCCGCUCCAAGCGCACCCUGAGGGUCAUCAUCGGUGUGGUGCUGAGCUUCUUCCUGUGCUGGCUCCCACUUCACAUUGUGGACUUUCUCACCUUGGUAACCCCUAGAAAGUCGCACCACAGCCCCAGUAUCUACCUGGCGCACGUUUUAGCGCUCUGCCUGGCAUACUUCAACAGCUGCCUUAACCCGCUGCUCUAUGUGUGCCUGGGUCGGGGAUUCAAAGACAGCAUGAGCCGCUCCCUGCGCAACGUGCUCCACUUCAUCAGCGAGGAACCCAUGACCAGAGUGACCAUCACUAAUAACGACACCAAGAGCACCAGCAACGAGACUGUUAAACUCUGAGGGUGUGUGCACUUUGAAGUUAUUAUAGAAGUGUUGUCAUUUCCAAAAGCCACUUAUGGCUGAGGUUUCCCACACGUUAAUUGAUAGUUUAUAUAGGGUGUGAGCUUACUUACUGCUCUGAACAUGGACUUUAUAACCAUAAACUGGAAUCAAUGUUUAAAAUCAAUCGUUUGACACGUUGGUCCAAUAAUGUCAGUCUGAAAAACACAUUUUAUAUUUUGAAAGUGUGAACACACUAUGACCUUUUCUUUAUUCUGAGGCAGUUGGGUGGUGUUAUCAAGACUGACUCAGGUUUGCAAACCAGGAACUAUUAGCCAAUCUGCAGUAUUUCCUUUCAACAUCUGUGUUGCAUACAACAAAAUGAUCAACACUUCUGUUUUUGAGGUCAUGUACGUGGAUGAUCUCAGACCGUGUUUCUGUUACAAAUGCAAAUGUACACACUUAUUUCUGUAUUACCCUGUGUGUGUGCUGCAGCUCAAGUUUGAAUUUCAAGAAAUUACUAUUAUUUUAUAUUAUAGUUAUUGUAACUUAUAUCUGAUUACCGCAUGUACCAGUAACAUUCCCAUAGUGGUUACAAAAAGACACAUUCUCUUGUGUAAUAGUACUCUGCAUGGACCACAUGAGGGAGCCACACUCUAAUGUCUGAUGGCCCAUGAGCAUGUACAUGGUGAGCUCCUAGUGAGAGACCCUUUGGUUUAAUGUUAGGCACCCUGAAGACAAUAGAUCAGAGAGGAGAUUGGACAGGUAACAUAAGCUUUAGCUAUGUUUGGAGGUUUCUCAAAUAAAUGCAAUUCAGACAAAUACAGAAGAAAUGUAAAUUCAUAAUAACUGUCGAACACUUGCCUAAUGCAUGACUAAUGUAUGUUAAUUUAUGGUGUUUUAGACGGAUUGUCUUGUUGUAUACCGCCACAAAAUUUAAGAAUAAACAAAACAAUAAAAAUGUGUUAAAGUAC